AGUAACUGCAACGCCACAAUAAUUUUACUAAAACGUUACGUUCUGAGGUGGAUACGGGUAAAUAAAAAUAAAUGCAAGGGAUGUCGGUCGAUAAAGCAAUAAUAUAUAGCCAAUUAAAAUGCAGCAUCACCACAAUGCAUAAUUAUAAAUUGUACGCUUGUAAGCUCGCACUGUCCCUGUCGCCUACGCAAGAAACGAAAACAGUUCGCUAAAGAUAGCAUCAGAGAAAGAUAAAGAUGCAGACAGACAACAAAAGCAAUAACAAAGUGCUCACACCAAAAUAAAGCUGAUUUCCUUCCUACACUCGCAUUCAUAGUACAUACAUAUGUACAUAAAUGGAUUUUAUAUUUGUGUCUCAACAUAAAUAUCUAAUAUUGAGUACGAAUUUGUCCAAGCACACAUAUGUAUAGACACAGCUGCCGAUUAAACAGUCACUUCUAAUACAAAUUUAUCACAUCUGAAGAUUCCCCCACAAAUCGAGUAUGUCCGACGGUGUCGGUGUACUGCACAUCAAACAGGAGGUGGACACAAGCUCUGCUGGCGCCAGCAACUCCUGCUACAGUCCCAGCUCCAAGGCGCACAACACGUCUAGCAAUAGUAAUAACAGCAACAGCGGCAUGAAGUCCUCACCUUCCGUUUCGCCCGAGCGUCAGCUCUGCAGCUCCACAACUUCACUUUCUUGCGAUCUACACAAUGUUUCGCUGAGCAACGAUGGCGACAGCAGCAGUAAAGGAGGAGGAGGAGGAGGUGGUGGUGGUGGCGGAGGAGGUAGUAGCGGUGGCGGUGCUAAUGGCAGUAGUAACAGUGCCAGUGCAGGUAGCGGUUCGGUGCGUGAUGAACUUCGUCGCCUGUGCCUGGUAUGCGGUGAUGUAGCUUCCGGAUUUCAUUACGGCGUGGCCAGCUGUGAGGCUUGUAAGGCAUUCUUUAAACGUACCAUACAGGGCAAUAUUGAGUACACGUGUCCCGCCAACAACGAAUGCGAGAUAAAUAAGCGACGCCGAAAGGCCUGCCAGGCAUGUCGCUUUCAGAAAUGUCUGCUCAUGGGCAUGCUGAAGGAGGGCGUGCGAUUAGAUCGAGUGCGUGGCGGAAGACAAAAAUAUCGACGGAAUCCCGUAUCUAAUUCGUAUCAGACCAUGCAAUUGCUUUAUCAGUCAAGCACAACAUCUCUGUGCGAUGUCAAGAUACUGGAGGUGCUCAAUUCUUACGAGCCGGAUGCCUUAAGUGUCCAACAGCAGCAACAACAACACAACACCGCUUGCAAUGACGAGGCCUCAUCGUCAUCCUUGCAAUCAACAACUGGAAGUGUCAAAUUGGAGAACAGCGGUAGCAAUGUUGGUGGAGGAGGCGCCAGAGGUGGAUCGACCACACCCACCACACCUAAUAGUACUUGCAUUUUCCAAAACAACAACAACGAUCCACAUGAAAUACUCAGCGUGCUGAGCGAUCUCUAUGACAAGGAACUGGUGAGCGUAAUUGGCUGGGCAAAGCAAAUACCAGGCUUCAUAGAUUUGCCACUUAACGAUCAAAUGAAGCUGCUACAGGUGUCGUGGGCAGAGAUUUUAACGUUGCAGCUGACUUUCCGAUCGCUUCCCUUUAACGGCAAGCUAUGCUUUGCCACCGACGUCUGGAUGGAUGAACUGCUUGCCAAGGAAUGUGGCUAUACGGAAUUCUAUUAUCACUGCGUGCAAAUUGCUCAGCGCCUUGAGCGGAUUUCGCCGCGACGUGAAGAAUAUUAUUUGCUAAAGGCGUUACUGUUAUCCAAUUGUGAUAUCCUAUUGGACGACCAGAGCUCCCUGCGCGCCUUUCGCGAUACUAUUCUCAACUCACUGAACGAUGUCGUCUAUUUACUGCGACACUCCUCCGCCGUGUCUCAUCAGCAACAGCUGCUGCUCAUCUUGCCCUCUCUCCGCCAGGCAGAUGAGAUUUUACGCCGCUUCUGGAGGGGUGUGGCCCGGGAGGAGGUGAUCACGAUGAAAAAGUUGUUUUUGGAGAUGCUCGAGCCUUUGUCAAGGUGAAAGUGAAAUGCAUUUGGUGAUGCAGUGGUAGCCAAGUACAUAUAGAUUGUAGGUUUUGGUGCAAAUAUUGGUAUAAGCUUACUUAUAGUAACGAUAUACCAUACAUACUUAGUUGUAAGUUUGUUUGUACUAUGUAUUUAUAUUAAGUGCAAAUGUGUAGUUCGUCUGGGUUAUUGCGAAAUGGGGUUCGGCUUAAAUAGCAGGGAAUCAAGCUGAAAUAAACUAGUUCUAUUUUUUAUAUAAACAACAAUCUUUAAAA